AAGAUAAAGCAUGACCAAAACCCUUGGCAGGUGUGGCUAGAAUCUGACUGGAAUUGGUGCAGCUCAGAGGAAUAGCCAGGCUCUUCAGCUGCAGGGAGGGUGGCAAAGACUCUUUAAAAAUGGAGACUUGAUGCUGGAGCCCAACAGGGAAGCAUCCCAGCCAAGACCUUGGAUCAGUGUCAAGCAGGACUUCUGCAGCAAUGGUGAACAAAAUGAUUGAUGAGAUCUCUGCUGUUGGGACACCAGCUGGAGUCUUCUCAGUGGAAAUUUGGUGGAAGAGUUUUCCUCUCUGUAAGGACCUCAGGGUUAGCUAGUAGGACCUGACACAGCUGAGAGCAUCUUUGUGCUGCCUGGAGACUCAGGAGCUGCCACUCAGUGGUAAAUCCCCAUCAGCAUCUCCAGCUGUCAGCAGCUCUUCUGUUUGGCUGUGCCUGGGGGAAGAAGACUUUGAGAAGAUGGAGAACCAGAGUGGAGUGCUCUUGGGAUAUGUCUGCUGGGAAGGAAAAGAGGAAGGGGGUGAGGAGAAUGGGGUGGCUCCUCGUGUUUCUCCUCCCAGCCAAAUGAGCAGACUGGAAGAUGUGCAGGUGGAGAUGCUUGAGAAGGCAAGGGAGCUCUUCCAGCUGUGUGACAAGGAUGUGAAGGGUUUUAUCACCAAGAUGGACAUGCAGCGGCUCCAGAGUGAACUCCCCCUAACCCCUGAGCAGCUGGAGACUGUUUUUGACAGCUUGGAACAGAAUAAUAAAGGAUACCUGACACCUGUGGAGUUCAGUAUGGGUCUAGGAAAGUUAAUAGGGAUUGAAUUGUGUCAAGGGGCUGGGAGAAUGGAUCACUCCAGGCAUGAGGAGACCUUCGAGUCAGGCUGGUCAGAUGACUUGGACCCUGCAGAUGAUGAUGAUGAUGAAGAGAAACGAUUCUGUUCCAUGAUGGAGCAGCUUGGAGCAGCCCAGUUGUUUGAAGACCCACAUGAGAUUCGGGAGCUCUGGGCUCGCCUACGAAAGGAGCGUCCGGAGCUCUUAUCCAAUUUUGAAGAGUUUCUGUUGCGUGUUUCGUCGUACAUAAAGGAGGUGAAUCAUGAGAAGGAGUCUAUGGAGCAAGCAUUGAAGAGGAAGGAGUCAGAUCAUGAUCGAGAAGUCAGGUGCCUUUAUGAAGAAAUGGAGCAACAGAUCAAAGCAGAAAGGGAGAGGCUGGUCUGCCAGGAGGCGCUGAGACACGACAGGAGUAACCUGCUCCAGAAGGAACUGCACAACAAAGAGCAGGAGCUGGAGAAAAUCCUCUACCGCCAGAAGAAGCUGGAACAUCAGCUGCAGUCACUGAACUCGGAGCAGCUGGAGACGCGCGUGCAGAACGAAAGGCUCCGGCACCUGAAUGAAAACCUGCUGGAAGAGCUGGAGAAAAGCAAAUGGGAGCUAGAGGCAGUGAAGGGACAAUUACAGAAGCUCCAGAAAGAGGCUCAGAUUGAGCAAGAGCAGAAGGACAGGGAUGUGUUUAGAGUCUCCAAGAACAUGCAGAAAGAGAAACAAAGCCUCCUUCGACAGCUGGAGCUCCUCAGAGAAAUGAACAAGAAACUUCGAGAUGAGCGAGAUGCUUUUGAAGCCAAGAAGCUGGUGCCUCAGAACAAAAAUCCCCUGUUGAAGAAAGGGUCAGUGCUAGGCAGUUACCUGCUGGAGGACAAGCCUGUCAAACGACAACUGGCCUCUGCGGACCCUCCCUUCACCUUCCCAGUGGACGUGGCAGUGGAAGAACCCAACAGAAAGAACUGUAAAUACUUCCCAGGCAAUGGGGUUUGGAUGAAGACAGGAGAAGAAGGCAGCACAAACUUUGGAGAGAACAGCAGAGAUGAGGAGAGAUGGCCCUUGGCAGCAGAUCCUGAGUGGUUUAAGAUGACUUUGAAGGGUGACUCUGACUGCAGAAAAAAUGCAGAUGGCCUAGAUGCUGCUCCGCUGCCUCCCCGAGCCCAGCCUGUUGGCACCGAAACCAGGCUCCAAGCACUGGAACCAGCCAGCUGUUCUCCAGAUCGCAUCUUUAAAGUGGUGUUUGUGGGGAAUUCCGGUGUUGGGAAGAGUUCCUUCAUCCACCGCUUCUGCUAUGACAGGUUCUUGGCUGAGCUCAAUGCAACCAUUGGUAUCGAUUACCAGGUGAAGAGUCUAAUGGUGGAUAACACCCAGGUUGCCUUACAGCUGUGGGAUACAGCUGGACAAGAGAGGUUUCGGAGCGUCACCAAGCAGUACUUCCGGAAGGCAGACGGGAUCCUGGUGAUGUACGACAUCACGGCCGAGUGCUCCUUCGUGGCCGUGCGCAACUGGAUGAGCAGCGUCCAGGAAGGUAUAGAGGACGGAGCUGUGGUGUUUCUGCUUGGAAAUAAAUUGGAUGCUGUGCAGAGAGAGACACGGAAAGUGCCCAAGGUGGAGGGGGAAAGGCUGGCGAAGGAGUACAAGGCUGUGUUCUACGAGUGCAGUGCCAUGACUGGCUACAACAUCAUGGAGCCCAUGCUGCACAUGGCCAGGUUGCUCACAGCACAAGAAGACAGGCAGAGGGAGAAUGCCCUGCAGCUGGAGGAUAUCAGCAGGAGGAAAGGAUGCUGCACAUAAAGCACACCAAUGUGUCAGCAAGAGACGUGUGCCAACGCUGUAUCAUGAAGCUGGGGGUUCCUUUCAAGCAAGCUGAAUUUGAUGGUAUCAGCUCUCUAGAGGCUUGGGGAUGGUGCAGCUUUUCCCAGUCUGUGAAUUUUGAGGCAUAAAUCAGGCCAAAAUGUGCAUAUUAUCUGCACUGUUCUACUUCCCAAGUUUGCAUGCAGCCCUGGUCUCUAGAGGCCUCUGCUUCUUUGGGGGAAUUUGGCUGGUCUUAGCUAGCAGCACAGACUGGGCCUCUGUUUGGAGAGGCUGGUUCUCUGUGAAGGGAUGAAGUCUUGUUCCUCUUCUUUCUGGCAAAAAAGUGGACUAGCAGCAGAGAGCAGAGGACACAGUGGGUCUGUAUUAAAUAGAAUUUCCAUGUAAGAGAGAAAGAUAUUAUUUUAAAUUUGGGCUAGCUCUAAGAAGUGAUCCAUCUGUCUCAGAGGGAAGCAUCUCCUCUUGGUUCUGCAGUGGCAGCGCUCAGCUGAGAGCCCGCUGUGGUGAGUGAGAACACUUAUACAAUUUCCUGCAAGAUCUGGAUUGGGCCCUGGAUUUACUGCAGCAUUUGUUGGGCUUGUCAAUAUUGUAGUAACAGAUUCCAUAUGUGAUUUGAUAGGAUGAGUUAUUCCAUCGCUUUCAUUGCUUUGUCACCCUUAUGGACCUUUCCACUGUCCUGUCGUAUGUUUACAGAACACAGAAUCGCUGCCCUGGGACCCACAGGUGCUGGCGUGUGCUGCUGAUUCAUAGCCCAUGGCAGGCGUUGUCUGUACAAACCAGGGGAGCCAUAUAUAGCCUGUUUUAAGGCUGAAUGCUGCCUGUUUCCUCCCAUUCUCUUAUCCUUUCCUGAAGAAUCUCCAGCAACUUCCAACUGCCUUACCCGCAGUCCUGAAAGAUCCCACUAGAGUGCUUUCAAAUGCACCUGGAUGGAAGCCCAAGGCAGCUGCCUGUGUGAAAUGUACCUUUUUCUCUUGCAGGGACCUUGAGCAGCGGCCUCACUUGACUGGUGAAGGGCCAGAGAAAGAGCCAGACUGAAUCUGUUCCCAUUGGGAAGGAGCCUUUUUGUCACUAAGGGGUGGGGCAAAGCAGGGCAAGGAGAAGCAGGGCAGAGGUAGAAGCUGUCCCCAGAAGUGCUCCUGUCGGCAAAGCUGCUAUGGUGCCUGGCCACGGAGCUUCUAGGGUGCCAUGCUUUCUGGUUUGCAGCUCAGCAGCUCUCAAAGCCAUGGGAUUAAGUGAGAUUUUUGUUAGUGCCCUUUCCCCUUUUGUCUUCAAGGCUGUUUCUGUCUGUGACUCUGACAUUUUAGACACAAGAUGUGAUACUGCAGCUGUGACGCAGCCCCCAAACCUUGCGGCAUAGGGAAGGUCUGUGGUCUUUCUUCUCUUGGGAUGAGGCAUUUACUCUCAAUGUCUAUUUAUUGCACAGAUUUUGCUGGGAAUAUCCCAGGCAGGAAAAGUGCUCUGAGUCACCUACAGACAUCAGCAUUACAAACAAUUUCCAUGGCUCCUCCUGGUGCCCUUCUGAUAGGAAAGAGGAAGUUUUUCUCUGGAAGAGCAGGAUUUCUGAGUAAAAGGAAGAGCUAAAAGUAGUGAGAUCCUGCUCAGUCCUUACUAUUGAGCUGUGGCUCACACAGUUUAACUGCACUAAUGCCUUCCAGAGACUGGGAAUCAGAAAGCUACAAGAGGCCCUGAAGGAACUAGGGUAGCUGGUGUGGAGCCUGGAGUAAGACCUACAGCGCUGCCAGGGGAACUGCUCGUGUUUGCAAGAAGCUAUUUUUGGGAAGGGGAAUCCACGCUAAGGUGUUCUGAACCUGCGCCUCCCACGCUCUGUACACAGCACACCCGAGACAAAGGCAUGAAACACAAAUAUGGGCCAGUUCUGUCUAUUACCUUUAUCAGUGCUGUCAGACUGCAAUGGCAAGAACCAGCAGGUUCUUUCAAUGUACAACUUUAAGUAUGCUUUCUUAGUGUGCAAACAGUACAGGCAAUAAAGAAAUACUGUCUUACAA